AUGCCCCAAGGUUAUGGGCAAGGUCAACAACAAGCUCCUCAACAACAAGGGCAAGGGGUUGGGAUGCAACAUCUCUUAAAUCAAAUGAAUCCCAACUUCUUGAAACAAUUUGCUCAAAAUUUCCCACAAGGAGUUCCCCCGAUGUUUCAACAAGGUGUACAACAACCAAUAGCGGCCCACUUAGCCCCAGAAUUUGAGGAAGAGGAUUGUAUUGUGUACCCGGGGGUAGAUGCCAACAACUUCGAGCUAAAGACAUCCCUUAUUCAAAUGGUUCAAGCCAAUCAAUUUGGGGGUGCAAGAGUUGAGGAUCCAAAGGCCCAUGUUGUACACUUUGAUAGGAUUUGCAACACAAUCAAGAUGAAUGGAAUUCCUACCGAUGCUAUCAAGUUGAGAUUGUUCCCUUUCUCAUUAAGGGAUCAAGCAUUAAGUUGGCUAAACUCUUUCUCGGCCAACCACUUGUUGACAUGGGAGCAACUAUACAAGGCCUUUAUGCAAGAAUAUUGCCCUCCUUCCAAGGCCGCAAAAUUGAAGAAACUUAUUCAAAACUUUCAACAAUUUGGAAAUGAAAAUCUACAUGAGGCAUGGAAAAGGUUCAAGGAUUUAAGGAGACAAUGCCCCAAGAACUUGCUUACUCCGGGGGACUUCAUAUCAUCUUUCUAUGAGGGACUAUUGGAUAGUUCCAAGAUCAUCAUCGACACAUCAUCUUAUGGAGGAAUUUUCAUGGAUAUGGGGCCAGAUUAUGGAGAACAAUUGAUAGAGAGAAUCACUUCCAACACGGAAUAUUGGUAUAAUGAGAGGAGUGAUCCGCCCAAGAGAGAAAAACCGGCCGGGAUGUUUGAGGUUGAUGACAAGAUGGCGGUGCAAGCACAACUAAACUCUAUCCAACACAUGUUGAAACAAAUGAUGCAAGGGCCGAAACAGAGUGUUCAAGCGGUUACUCAACCUCCACCCCAAGUUCCUUACAUGCCUACUCCCGUACUCUUAUCCUCAAUCUCCUUGCAAUUCACCGGGACCUCAAACCAAGGCUCAUCACAAAGUGUGGAACAAAUUGAUAUGAUUGGGUAUUCUAGACCCCAAGGCCAAGGUCAAGGCUACCAAAGUUUCGGGCAACAAGGAAUAAAUCAAUAUGGAAAUCAAUGGAAUAAUCAAGGAAGAAAUCCACCUCCGGGUUUUCAAGGGAACCAAGGCAAUAGAGGAGGGAAUCAAGGAAUUCAAUGGAGAGGAAACCAAAAUCAAAAUCAAUGGAACCAACAAGGAACCUCUCAACCUCCUCAAGACCCAGAUAUGAAAUCUUUUAUGACCAUGAUGAUGAACCAAAUGGGCAAGCUACAAGCCGAGGUGGAGAAUCUUAGAACUCAAUGCGGUGGAAACAAACAAGAACCUCCUCAAGCACCGUCUUCUAGUGGUAAACUACCGGCCACCACCGAAAAUCCAAGACACCAAGUUAAUGCCGUCACCACUAGGAGUGGAUUAGCAUUGAAAGACCCUCCUUACCCCACCGAUGAUCGAACUCAAGAAGGAGAGGUGGAGGAGGAUGUAAAUGAGCAAGAAAAAGGUGACAAGGAAGAGGAGAUAGUGGUUGAAAGUGAUAAUGAAGAGGAGCCUUCGAUUCAAAAAGACAAGUCAAAAGGAAAGGCUCCCGUGCUAGAACAAAGUGCCUGA